AUGAUGCGAGAAAUUGUGGAUAAUGUUCAACGUCGUAUUUGUUACUUAUUUUAUUUGGAAACAACUCGUGAUUUGCUUUUAUGCUUGAAUCGUAUUAACUAUUCUUUUAUGAAAAAUAGGUGCCAGCCAGUCUCGGAUCCCUCCGAGGAGACAGAACUUUUUGAAGCUAUUGAUGCUGCGUACUACAUAGAAGAAGAUUUUGACUCUGUGGAAUAUGAGCUGAAAAAAUUGGUCGAAACAAAUUCUUUACCGGAAGCCCUGACUGCUGAAGUUACAGUCUUGAAAAAACAGCUCCAAGUUGUUUCCAAGCGAAUAUCAGCAAAAAUUAUGGAAAAUUCACCUUCGUAUUCUGCACAGCUACAGGACGUCGAUGAAAUCCAAGCGGAACUUAGUGGAGUGGUAUCUACUGUCUCAAGUAUAAGAGGCAAUUUGCAUAUUGCAAAGGACGAGUGUUCAAAGAGCUUGGAAAUAAUAGCAAAUCACAGGAACCGAAAAUAUUUGAAAAGGCUGAAAUCGUCUUUAGAAACUGUGAAGACACUAUAUGAAAUUGAAUUCCAAUUGAAAGAUCUCAUACAAGAAGGCAAUUUCCCUGAAGCUAUUACUCUUUGCAGAGAAACGCAAAAAGCUGCUGCUUCUUGUUGUCAGUUUCUCUGCAUUAGAGAGCUUUCCCAGAAACUUCAAACUACCAUGGAUGACUUUGUUUUACAUUUGAAUGCGUCAUUGGCAUCUUUGACUGUUAUUUUUGAUCCUGAUAAAUAUGCUCCUGUUUAUAGAGCUUAUAAAAUGCUUGGCAAAGUUGAAGAAGCUGCUGAUGAGAUAGUGAGAUGUUGUCACGAAACUUUAGAAAGCUCUUCUAGAAGAGUCAUCGCCGAAAGAGUGCUUUCUCGUGCAGUCCACACUGAUGUUGAUAGUAUGUCUUACGAACAGCUAUGCGAAUCUGUCGAAGCAGAGCAGAUGCUUGACUGUGUUCGAGAAUUAGGCUUUGUUUUAUGCAAAAUUUUAUUUACAUAUCAUGCUAUACUGCGGUACCAUAUUGAUGAUGACGAACGGCUGGAUUGUACAGAAACUAAGGAUGAAAAUGCCAACAUUGUGCGUGUUAAGCUGACAAACUCCUUAUAUAUUGUAUUCAAAACGGCAUCUCAGAAGUUCAAUACAUUAUUGUGCUGCCAUGAUCUUUCAGUCUUGAAGUUUGAUCACUUCUUGGACAUUGUAGAAAUGUCUAACCGGUAUUUUAAAUUUCUGACGUUUAAGCAUUUUGGUCGAAUUUACUUUGGCAAUGCUUGUGGCGAAGUAGCUAUUUCUCUAGAAAAACAAACGCAUCUCUAUUUCGGAAGGUACCAUCGUGAAAGGAUGGAGGAGUUGAAAAUGUUUUUGGAAAAUGAAGCUUUUGCUCUAUGUCCAGUACCAGUACAGUUUACUUUGUUUGAUUUGCAGGAGUUUUUUUUUCUCAAAGAGUCUACUGAAUGUUUUGAUGAUGGAGUUGGAAGUACAGAAGUUGAAGCUGGUUUAGGAGAACAACUAGAUUAUCAAAUAAUUCCUCCAGAGCUGCCUAAUCCCUUUGCUUCAGAACCGAGAAGUGCAGGGUCAAAAGUGAUUUUCAUGACGCCACAGCGCAACCUGGAGUAUGCGAAUCCUCCUUCGCCUAGUAAAUCUGUUGCAAACAAGGAAGAUGUGAAGAAGGUAUAUUCGGAUGACGUAUCUUCUUCGUUCUGUAGCCGAACAAGCAAUGUUUGCUAUAUUCCAGCUUUUCAGCUACUUUCUGUAUACGGUAAAGUAGUUACAAAAUUCGGUACUAUGCACACAUUUUUCGCGGCAGAAGAAACUUCAGGGGAUUUCCAGUUUUGCUCUCAGAAUCUCAUCAUGACUCUUAAAUACGCAAAAGAAAAUGUGAUAUGUGAUGGAGAUGCAGAAUUUGAUGAUAAUGUUUGCCGCAUCUUACCGUGCUGUUUUCCAUCAGUGGUGCAACUGCACGAAUCUCAGCAAUUAUAUGCACUUUCUGAGCGCAUUGUUGGAGCUGAAUCUCUGUACAGUCAACUAACAGCUAUGGUUUCUUCCACAAAAUGGGAUGUAAACGAACUUCAAACGCAACACAGCGCAUACGUUGACUUCUUAAUUGAAGAGAUGCGACAUUUCAGCGGUGCACUCAGUGAACUUUGUGAAUCAACUCCUUUGUCACGCGAAAUCCUUCAUGUCAUAUGGGACUGUGUGAUAUAUAGAGCAUUUCGAGCUGUUGUUCAGGGUUAUUGUGAGUCGGGAAAAAAGUGUUCAAGCGAAGGCCGCGCUUUAAUGCAGUUGGAUUUACAGCAAAUGACGAGUAAAAUUGAGCAGUUAACUGAAUUACGGCCGGUUCCUCAUAAGGCUUAUGUUGAAAAUUACAUCAAAGCUUAUUAUCUUCCUGAAAGCUCGUUGGAACAAUGGAUUUUACAGCAUAGUGAAUAUUCUGCUCAUCAAAUGGUAUCUCUUUUGAAUGUAGCUUCACACGUUUCUAAGAGAGCUCGGACGAGGAUAAUCAGCUUAAUUACGGAAUAA